UCAGAAGAAGCUUCGACUCUCCACAGAAGAGCAAGACGACUCGGACACUCCUCAGUUCUCCGUUGUCACUUUACCCAGACUUCCCGAGGCAACAAAAACUAGACUGUUAAUAUAUUUUCUGAUGUAUUUAGUGAUGGAACAAAGUGUUCUCGAAAAUGUCACAGUAAUUUAUUAUUUCAUAUCUUUAACGUUUUGACUGUAAGUUGGCAUUUCUGUUGUACCAGAUGACCUCGAGGUAACUCUGCAGGAAUCAAUGAGAUAAUAAACUUUAACAGAAGUUUAUGAUGCCUGCUGGUGCUGAAAUGUAGGUGGAGGUGGAGAGAACUAAACUUCAGUGACGUAUUUAACGUAUAGUUUUAGUAUUGGUUUGGGAGUUCCUUUGACAGCUGGUUUUAGACCAAGUUUUGACAGGUUUUGUACCAGUUUGGGACUUUGUUUGGACUUAUUUUAGACCGUUUCUAGUUUUAUACUGGCUUCAGAUUACUUUUAGGCUUUUUAUAAGAUGAUUUUGGGUGGUUUUAGACGUAGUUUAAGAUUGGUUUAGGACUGGUCUUGUAAUUGGUUUUAAAGUAGCUUUAGUCUUGGUUUGGGAGUUCCUUUUUGGAUCUGGUUUUAGACUAAGUUUUUAGGUAGAUUUUGGACUUUUUUAAGACAUUUUUUCUUCCUAGUUUUGUACCGGUUUGGACUUAUUUUAGACUGUUUCUGGUACAAUACUAACUUUAGGUUGAUUAUAAACUAAUUUUUAGUGGUUUUGGACUUGGUUUGAGGUUUGUUUUAUACUAGCUUAAGAUUGGUUUACAACGUAGUUUAGGAACGGCUUUCGGAUUGGUUUUAGUCUUGGUUUGGGAGUGCCUUUGGUGAUUGGUUUUAGGCUAAGUUUAGGCAGGUUUUGGACUUAUUUGAGACAGUUUCUUUAUGAUACUAACUCUAGGCUGAUUCUAAACUAAUUUUGAAUGAUUUUGAACUUGGUUUUAAGCUUGUUUAAGACUAUCUUAACAUUGGUUCACAAUGUGGUUUAGGACUGGUUUUAGAGUAGUUUUAGUCUUGCUCUGGGAGUUCCUUUUUGGAGCUGGUUUUAGACUAUGUUUAGAUAGAUUUUGGACUUCUUUUAGACAUUUUCUUGUCGUCAGUGUCGGAGAACGAUGAGAGUUUCGAGGUGACGAUGACGGCAACAGCAGACGGAGAUCUUUCAGAGGACGGGGUCGCCCAGAUCCAGGUAGAGAUUCUUCAAGAGGAUGAAGAUUCUCUGUCGCCCAAUCAGAAGACAGAAGUGUCUCCGGUCAGUCAGGCCUGGUUCACCACCAAAGAAGACAAAGACACUCUGGCUAACAAAGGUCAUAAAUGGAAACAAGGAAUGUGGUCUAAAGAGGAGAUCGACCUUCUGAUGAGCAACAUCGACCGAUAUGUGAAGAGUCGUGGUAUUGAAGAUCCUGCAGAGAUCAUUUUCGAGAUGUCCAAAGAAGAGAGGAAGGAUUUCUACCGAUCGGUGGCUUUGGGACUAAACCGGCCGCUGUUCGCCGUCUACAGAAGAGUUCUACGAAUGUACGACAACCGAAAUCAUGUUGGAAAGUACACUCCUGAUGAGAUAGAGAAGCUUAAAGCGCUGAGAGAGAAACAUGGGAACGACUGGGCGACUAUCGGAGCAGCUCUGGGUCGAAGUGCCUCGUCUGUCAAAGAUCGCUGCCGGCUGAUGAAGGACACCUGCAACACAGGUAAAUGGAGCGAGGAGGAGGAGCGGCGCCUCGCUGAAGUUGUGUACGAGAUGGCAGGCGUGUCACCAGGGUCAGCUGUCACCGGGGGUGUUUCCUGGGCGACCGUCGCCGACCAGGUUCGCACACGCUCAGAGAAACAGUGUCGGUCGAAGUGGCUGAACUACCUGAACUGGAAACACAGCGGAGGAACGGAGUGGACGAAGGAGGACGACCUGAACCUCAUACGAAGGAUAUCGGAGCUGGAGGUGGAGGAUGAGAAUGAGAUAAAGUGGGAGGACCUGGCUGGAGGGUGGAGCAGCGUCCGGUCGCCUCAGUGGCUGCGAUCGAAGUGGUGGAGCAUCAAGAGACAAGUGGCCAAUCACAAGGAGAUCCCAUUUAACGUCCUCCUAAAAGGUCUCCAGGAGUUAAUGGCGUCCUCACAGUCGACGUCCGGACCAGGAAGCCCCUCCUCCUCCUCGCUCCAGAUCCGACUCACCCGGCUGGACGAGAGAAGUGGCAGCCCUGCCCCCAGCUCUGUGGCGGCGCUGCAGAUUCCGGUUCAGAUCCCGCUGCAGAUCACACACCUCGCCUCAGAUUCUGCAGCAGCAGCUUCCAGCGACUCUGAAACCAUCACUCUGAACACUGGAGCUCUGCAGGCCUUCGAGAUCCUGCCGUCCUUCCACCUGCAGCCCACAGGGACUCCAGGAACGUACUACCUCCAGACUUCAUCCAAUCAGAGCCUUCCUCUCAGCUUGGCCAAUAACAGCACGGUUACCCUGACAACGGGCUCCUCUCCGUCGUCACACGAGCACAUCAUCCUGCACAGUCUGUCGACUGAAGGCCUCUGUUCCAGUGACGGCGUCAUCAUCCAGACCGUCACCUCUGACCCCGCCUCAUCAGACCCCCUCAGCCAGUCACAGCUGGUGGUGGAGGGGCAGAGCCAGGACGACCGCCUUGACGCCACCAGUCUCCUGGAGGGUUCGGAGGAUGUCGUCACGGAAACUCAGGAGCCAAUGACAGACGGUUUUACAGACAAGGGACUGAGUUCAACCUCUGUGGAGCCUCCAGUGGUGCAUUCUGGGAUCACAUCUGGAAGCGCCGUGCUGAUUGUGUCUCCUCCCAACAUCAGCAGCACACUGACAGAUCCUAUCUUGGAGAACCAGGACGGAUCCGACUGAGCUGGACUUUGAUGUGAGAAGUUCAGGAAGAAGAAGCUGCUUCCUGUUUCCUCGUCCCGCUGCGAGUUACAGAACUUUUUAAUGAACCCUGGAUUAAUGUGAACGUUGCUCCUCACGGUGGCACCAAAGAGACUCUGCAGGUCCGGAUGGAUUAAAGUUUGACCUGAAACACUUUAGAAACAUGAGCUGAGACGUAAAGAUGGACGACAGAUCAUGACUUUCUCCUUUGAAGCUACAAUAAUGUUCAAACCCGACCGAACGUCCGUUUUUACUUAGACUCUGACGUAUAAUUAUGUGAACAUGAAGAAGACUUCAGGCGGACUGACUCCUGCUGGUUACCAUGGAAAAAAUAAACUAUUUUAACUAGUUCUGUUUGUAUUUAAAUGAGGGUUGUGGGGAAGUUUGCUGCCCAGAACUCAUGGCGCACAAUAUUUAGUUCUCAAAGCUGCAUUCUGAUUUUAUAGGAAAAUAAAUAUUCCAACUCUA